AUGGAGUACGUGAAGGAUGAUCUAAAAUAUAACGAAAUUGGUGGAAUUUAUGUGCGCAAACCGGCUGGUGGUUGGAAACUAAUUGCUAAUGAUGGGGAGUUGAUUGAGUUUGCAACUGCUGUCGAAGGAGAGGAAAUACAUUUAUAUGUUGAUGUUGUGGUUGACAAUUCCAUCACGCCUAUGUCACAAAUGCAGCCACAUGUGAUUGUGAGACCAAGGACUAGCUUUUUUGAAGGUUUAGCUGCUAAGCGAAAUUUUGUGACAAUUGAAGGGCUAAAAAAACAGAGGGGAAAUACUAAAAAACCACGGUCUGAAAAGUCAACUUUUCAACCAGCAUAUACUACUCAAGAGUUAUGUGAAUAUGAAAAAAAGAGGAUGGAUUUGAUUUUAGAAAACAAAAAGAAGGUGGACCAGCUUGGAUUAAAAACACUAGCAGAUGGUCUUAAUCUCAAGGUUGUAAAAGCAAAGGUUCAAGAUGAUGAUGAACAUGAUUCUGAUAAGGAGUAUGUUCCUGAUGAACAAGAAAAUGAAGACAUCAUGGAAAAGGAAGUUGCCAUAAAAAAACAAAUGAAGACAAAAAAACAAAAGGUGGUGACUAAUCCAAUUCGCAGGCCAAGAACACGUUCAGUCAUCACUGCUUCUAAUCAGAUGGAAAGUACUGCCCAAUCUUCACCAGUAGCUGAGAACUUACCACCUCCCCCACCCCUGACUGAAAAUCUUCCACCUCCCCCUUUCCUGCCUGAAAAUCUUCCACCUCCCCCUCCUCUGCCUGGAAAAUUUCCACCACCCCCUCCCCUGCGUGAAGAAAUUCAACCUCCCAUCCCAUCGAAAAAGAAACCUGUGAAAAAAAGUUCCAAGCGAGGUGUAGGUACAAUGGAGGAUUGUGUAUUGUUGAGAAAACAAGAAAAGAUCCAAGAAGAAGAAAAAAAUAAAAUGGUUAAUGAUGGUGCUGAUCAGCCAGUUCAAACAGAAUCUCAAGAUGAGCCACUUGAAAGAAAAAAGGGCAGGGGACCAACAUUGAUGAACAAUGUGUACACAAGGAGGCCUGAUGAGAAGAAGAUUAUUAAGUUAAACUGCGAGCUUCAGGCCAUUGCUGAUGAUGACAAGGUCUUGUCUGAGUUCAAAAACUUUUUGGGGACUUUGAGUAGACAGAGUGUCCCACUUGAUUGCAUUAAUUCGCGUAGAUUUCCUGAAAAACGGAAGGAUGAGCUAUGGAGUUUUGUCAAGACCAAAUAUGACAUUCCUGAAGAAGGAAGAACAUAUACAUUACGCACUAUUGGUUCUUUGUGGAGGCUGCACAAGGCCAGAAUUAAGAAGGAUCAUUAUUUCAAAUAUGAUAAUGAUGAUGAUAGACUAAAAAAUAAGCCUGAGGUCAUUCCAGUCGAAGAAUUCAAGGUGCUGCUUAAUUACUGGGCAGAUGAAGAAGUGCAGAGACGGUCUAGGGAAAAUGCUGAAAAUCGUCAAAAGAUUGUGGAAACUCAUACUGCUGGUCGCAUAAGCUUUGCGCAAAUUGGAGAAAAAAUAAAAACAGAGAAGAAGAUCCCACCUGAACAACUAGCUCCAAAGGGUGAGAUUUAUGAGAUAACACAUAAACGGGACCCUAAACGCAAAUACAAGACAAAUCCUGAUGCCGAAGAUGAAAAUGGGGAGCCAGUCAAAAAACCAAGCCAUGGACCGAAUUGGCUUUUGGGCAGAUCAGGUAAAUGUAGGAAAACAAACAAAGCUCAGGAGGAAAAACUUCUCACGACUAGUACUGCUAAUGUGGAUGAGCUGAGAAAGACCAUUACGAAGGAAGUUAUGGCUGAAAUGGACAGAAAGAUGUGUGAAAAAAUGAAAAGGGUAAUGGCAAAAUUGGGAGAUAUCAAUCCUGAUUUCAAAAACCUUGAUGUUGAAGAGUUGUGGGCUGGUGAUGCAAGUGAAGAUGAUGAAGAGGACAAUGGUGAGGAUGAUAACAACAGUGAAGAAGAUGACAUUGGCGAGGAAGGUCACGGUGACGAGGAUGACAACAAUUAA